UCCUGACCGCCGCUCUCACUAACACAGCAAACCCGACGACACUAAGUACAGUGGACGAGAGAUUUCUGUCUGGCAACGGUUCAAUCCAGAUUUUGAUCCAUAAUCUUCGGACGCGCAGCCGCGGUGUAAUCAAACAACCUGGGCGAGGGAUCUUCGAGUCAAUCGGUGUCGACAAUGGAGGAGGACGCGAGUGAUCGCAAGCUUUUCGCAAGAUUCGACAAGUAUCAGGACUUCUUGAACACACAGCAAUUCCUGCUGUCUUUGGACCUUCUGGCAAAGCCAAGCGAUGAAGACCGGUCUCGUGAAUGGCAAAUCGUCAAGAAACUACGUGACACGCUAGAUGAGUAUCAGGAACAAGCGUAUCUUCUCGAUCCCUUCUUAGACUCCUUGGUAACACCUGUCGUGGACUGUCUGAAAGGCUAUGUGAAUGCCUUCGUCGAAACAAAGCAAACACCGGAGGACACUCUGCGUCUGAACCUAGUCGCGGACCACAUGUACUAUUACAUCAAGUUCCGCGGUUACAAGACAAUAACGAGAUUUUUCCCGCAUGAAAUCGCCGACCUCACCAUCGCACUCGAGUACAUGAUCAUACCGAACAGUCCGGCUCUCGUGAGAUAUCACUGGCCCAUCAGAUAUGUUGUCUUGUUGUGGUUGUCGCUCGUCUGCAUGAUACCCUUCGAUUUGGACCAAUUUGACGAAAGCGAGCGCGCAGGAGAAACGGCCGAGAAGAUUGAAUCUCUCGGUAAGAGGUACCUGAACAAUGCAGGGUUGGAACGAGAAGCGGCUGCAAUUCUCCUUGCUAGACUCUACGUAAGGAAAGACACAAGCGUGAAGUUGCCUAGCUUCAUCUCAUGGUCUGCGAAGAUCGCUAGCGGCCGUGUAGAGCCUUUCCUUACCAUGGGGCUUUUAUCGGUUUUGUGCGAAAUCACGAAGUCUGCUUCGGUGGAACAAGUGAAGGCGCAUACGUCAGCAAUCCUUGAUGUUGCGAAUGCUGUACAAGAAAAUUCGCCUCUGCUUCAGAACACGCUCAUCAGGAAGCUCCGCACGAAGUUGAUGUCCCGUAUCGUGCUCCGCCUACUACCUGCCUCGCCGCUGGUUAUUCGUAGCAAAGGUAGAGCCUUGACGGCGUCAACUGCUGGAGACGAGGGCAAGCCUACGUCUGAACUGGACUUCGACGUACCAGAGGAACUAGAAACUGUCCUUGAAGACCUCUUCACCGUGCUUCAGGACAAGGAUACCCUUGUGCGGUGGUCCGCGGCGAAAGGUAUCGCGCGAAUCUCUGAGCGCCUUCCCCCAGACUUCGCAAGACAAGUACUCGACAAUGUCAUCAACCUAUUCUCGAUUCAUUCGAUAGCAGCAGCUACCAUAUACGACAUGCCUAGCAUCGCCGAAGGCACCUGGCACGGUGCAUGCCUCGCAUGCGCGGAGAUGGCCCGUAGGGGUCUAGUCGCGGACGAUGUGCUUGCUGAUCUCAUCAACUGGCAGUGUAAGGCACUCUACUUCGACAUACGCAAAGGCGCCCACUCAGUUGGCUCGAACGUACGGGAUGCCGCAUGUUACGUACUUUGGUCCCUUGCUCGUGCUCAAGAUUCUGCCGCACUUGCUCCGUUUGCGGAGAACCUCUCCAGAAGGCUUGUUACCGUAGCUCUGUUUGACCGAGAGAUCCACAUACGCCGCGCCGCUAGUGCCACGUUCCAAGAGUUUGUUGGUCGGACGAGUCUCUUUGCGCACGGCAUCGAUGUUCUCCGUAAGACGGAUUUCUAUUCAGUCGGGGUCCGACGAAAUGCCUUCUUGACAGCUGCUCCAGAGGUCGCAGAGCAUCCGGAGUAUACGCCUUCCCUAACGGACCAUCUGUUGUCGGUGACUUUGAGACACUGGGAUCCGCAAAUGCGACAACUUGGAGCGCAAUCUUUGCGGGCAAUCUGCGAGCUUGAUCUGCCCGCCCUCGGUCCAGAGUGUGCUACAAAAGCCGCGCGCUUCUUGCAGGGCCCUGACAUUGGCGAUAUACAUGGCGCGCUGGCAGUCUUAACGGAUCUAGCAGCUGCGUAUCGGGACUCCAGGCAUGAUCUAGAAGCAGAAAGACGAAAGGCGUUUGCGUACCUGGUCCAAGUCCCUCUCACUACUUUAGAGUCUCCGCGUCAUGAGCUGGUGACAGCAGCUGCAUGCAAUCUCAUCGCCAGCGGCAUAUCUUCGGCCGAGAUUAGCUCAGAUGAGACUUCGGUGCCGCACUGGCGCAAGGUCGUAGACAUCGGGUUGAAGAGCAAGAGCACUGCUGUGCAAGAAGCUGCGGCUCGUGCGAUGGCAGCUGUGAGCAAGCUUGUUGAUUGCUCUGCUAUCGUCGAUAGACUCAUUCGGGACUUCAGCUCUGGGUCACCUCCGAUGCAACAAAGUAUUUGCCGCGUGCUUGGAAUGUUUGAUUACACAGCCUACCCACAUGGUAUCCUCAAAGUUAUCGACUGUCUACUCACCUGCACAGAUCGCACGAAUUCGUCAAGAAUUGUAAACAUCGAGGCAAGACGGAAUGCGUUCAAUUCGAUGCCCCAGAUUCUCUCUAGCGUUAUCUUCAAGCUAAAUGAACAUUUGUCCCCCACCGUGGUGUGCCAGAUGAUCGACGCAAUGCAAGACGGCCUAACAGACUAUACCUCUGAUGAGCGCGGAGACGUCGGCUCCUGGGUUCGCAUGGCGUGCGUGAAGGGCCUGACGUCCUUCACAGAAAACCUCUUCCCAGAGGCCUCGAAAUUGGACAACUUCGCUGAGUAUUUUCCUCCAGCCAAAUACCACGACGCUGUUGGGGGAAUUCUGAAGCAAGGUAUCGAACGACUUGACAACGUCCGGCAGCUGGCGGGGGAGUGCUUCACGCGUCUUCUCGUGUUGCCGCUGCCAGUGAUCUCUGGAGCAGAACGAUGGCAAAUACAUGGCCAUACCCUUUUCAGCACCUUGUUCCUCAGUGAGGUUGAGACCAUCAACUGGAACGAGGGUGACAAGCUGUUUCCUAAGGCCGUGCGUCUCUUGGAAGUCGAGUCGUACCGACAUGCAGUCCUUGGAGGCCUUAUCUUGAGCGCGAGUACGAAGACGGACAGUACGCAACGUCCGGUCACGGCAAGCCUCAUUGCUUAUGCGCGCACGCUCCCCGUCAGUGCCACGCCGUCCGGCGGAUAUGAUCAGUGUGGGUUUGCGCAGGAUCUCGUGGCACAAGCCAGUCGCAAUCUCAGUUCGAACAACAUUGUCGUGCCGGUGCUGCAGACUUUCAACGUGCUCCUGGAGUCAGAUGUCUUCGAAGAUUUGUCCGGGGAUACCGCCGGACUCCGUAGCCUCCGGGCACUGCUUUCGGUGGCCACGAGAAACGUGGCCCGCCUGAAGAAUCAUCAGCGCAUCGUGAUGUCCAUGCGGAUAGUCGUCAACCUUCUGUCGAUGCAGCCGUUGCGAGCGGAGUGUAUAGGGCACCUGUCAAGCUUCUUGGCGCAUCAGUACCCGAAGGUCCGCUCCGAUACAGCGGAGCACCUGUAUCUCGUUCUGCAAACGAAGGACAUAGGUUGCGAAACUGACGAGGCGGAGGAGAUCCUACUUAAUAUUGAGUGGUCAUCAAUUGACAUGUCCGCCGCCAGCGAUGCUGCUCGUCGCUGUGUGGAGUUGCUGUCGCAGGAUUCAUGAGCUCAACCGGCUGCGAUGUAAUGAUGAUUUUGAAUGCGUCCAGUGACGUCUGUAUGAGUACAUAGUUUGUUGAUCUGUAAUAGUGAUGCACUGUAGUAAGCGU